AUGGCUUCGAAAUUCCGCCCGGCUGGGUCCCGAGCCUUGGAAAAUGCGCUUCGCGCAUGUCGAACAGCGCCUGUGCCUACAUGUCCAGCACUGGCGCAGCAGGCCGUGGCAGAACGGCAGUUUUCGACCACGACGCAGCGGCCCUCGAAGCUGGGGCGGACGCCAAUCACCAUUCCCACGGGCGUGGAACUGUCACUGAGUGACUUGAAGCGAACCAAAAUCGCGACUUCGUACAAACCCGUCGUUACGAGGACAAUUACGGUCGCAGGACCCCUCGGAACACUGAACCUCGACGUGCCCGCGUUUGUGAGGCUGCAGCAAGACGCGCAAAACAAGACGGCCCUGCUGAGCGUGGAGGAUGCCAACAUCAGGCAGCAGAGGGAGAUGUGGGGGACUUCGUGGGCGUACCUGACAAACUACAUCAUGGGGGUGUCGGAGGGCCACACGGCCAUCCUGCGCCUGGUGGGCGUCGGGUACCGAGCGUCGGUGGAGCCGAGAGUCGCCAAGGAGGAGUACCCCGGGCAGAGGUUUCUCUGCCUGAAGCUGGGGUACACGCACCCCGUCGAGGAGGGCAUUCCGCAGGGCGUCAAGGUGACGGUGGCGUUGCCGACGAGGGUGCUGCUGGAGGGGACGGACCGCGAGGUGAUCAAGUCGUUUGCCGGGCGGGUGCAGCAGUGGCGGCCGCCGGAGCCGUACAAGGGCAAGGGGGUGUUUAUCGACGACCAGACCAUCAAGCUGAAGCAGAAGAAGAUCAAGUAG